UCACCUGCCACCAUGGUGCCUGGGGGCUUAUCUGACACCAAGCCAGCUACUCCAGAAGUUCAGCAGCUUGUUAACCAGGUGAAGCCACAGUUUGAAAGCCGGACAGGCAUGAACUGUGAUGUCUUUACAGCCAUAGUAUAUAGGACUCAAGUGGUUGCUGGGACAAUGUACUUUAUUAAGGUCCAAGUUUCUGAUGCCGUAUAUGUCCACUUAAAGGUGUUUCAGAGUCUUCCUCAUGAGAACCUGGGUCCCAGCCUUGUCAGCUUUGAGACUGGCAAAACCAGAGAUGACCCUCUGACCUACUUCUAAGACACGAUGUGUUGCAGUGCCUCACCUCUGCAAAUCCUAAAGGGAUUCUGCCCAUGACAGUGAAUAAAAUAAGUUU